GGCUGACGUUUAUUAUAGCGGAGGCGUGUUUGCUGGCCGGGUCGGUGCGGAACGCGUACCACACCCGGUACCGGACGCUGUUCGUGAGCGACCCGCCGUCGUGCCAGACGGUGAGGAAGGGAGUCUUCGCCGCCGGCGCCGCCUUCGUCUUCUUCACCGCCAUCCUCUCGGAGUUCUACUACGUCACGUUCUCCAAGGCCAACUCAGCCUACGACAAGGAGCCCGCCAUUGGAAUGAGCCCCUACAGCUAGAUAUCGACGUCGAUUUCUCUUUAGAUUGAGAGUAUUCCUCUAUGUUGUUGUUGUUAUUGGCUUUUGAUCGUAUGCUCUUUGUUGGUGGGUACAGAACGUUACAUUGCGGACUAUUCCUGAUGGAAUGUUGAUCGAACAUAUUCUCCGUUGUUUUUUUUUUUAAUAUUAGUUUGAUGAUUCUGGAUGAACGUUUGGA